CUGGAGAUUGGAGGAUGACCUCCGGGGGCCUGUGAUGGCGUCGGCCCAGGCGUCCCCCCGCAGGGAAGGAUUCUCCCUCUGUUCCCUCCGCCCCGGCUCCCAGCGCAUGUGCAAGAGCAUCUCCGUGGACGACCACCUGGGCUCCCUGGGCUGCCCCGGCUAUACGGCCCACGCCAAGGACCAGCGGGGGAAAUCCAAGCUCUGCAGGCAGUUUAGUCUGGGCUCUGCUGAGAGGAAAGACUUUUAUCAGUCCAGGCUUGCUGACGGUGGUCUCUCUAGGUUUGCCUAUCGGCUUUUGGUAAAGCAGAAACAGGAGAAGAGGAAGAGAGCUGAGGGGGUGGGGCCCACUGCAUCCCACGGCCCCCCCUCGCCUUCAUCUGCCUUCCGCCCCCGCUCUCUGAGCAUUGAGUGGUCAUCACCCCCCAGAAUGACCCAGCAGAUGCGGGACUUGCCACUGGCACCAGCCAGAAAGCCUUCGGGCCCCUCCUCUCCCAACGCGGCCAAACGUCUGUACCGCAACCUCUCGGGCAAGUUCCGGGUCAGCUAUGUGUCCUUGGAUGAGGGCAGCGCAGCCGGCCGCAGCGACAGAGACAGGGACCGGGACCGACCACACAAGCUCCCUGCAGUGGCGGGCAGUGGGAGGCUGUUGGAGGCCGUGGAGCAGCAGGAUCUGGAGGAGGUGAGGGAACUCCUGGCCUCGCACAGCGCUGACGACCUGGAUCUGAACACACCCAACAGCGAGGGGCUCCAGCCACUGGACAUCGCACUAAUGACCAACAAUGCGCCCAUUGCCCGUGCCCUGCUACAGGCUGGGGCUACAGAGAGCCCCCACUUUGUGAGCCUGGAGAGCAGAGCCCUGCAUCUGGCCACUUUGGUGCGAGAAGCUGGGCAACGCGUCCAGGACUUAGCCGCCCAGGGGACGGGUGCCGCGGCUGGGCCGGAUGGGGCCGAGCGGGAGAAGCAGCUGAGCGGCUGGACAUGGAGGCAGCGGCUCUAUCAGCGCAUGCAGGCCGGCUUCGAGCACGCGCGAGUCCCCGACGCCCCCUCCAGUGUCCGGCUGUCUGUGGUCAGCAGUUCUACACUUAAGGUCACCUUCCAAGAACCUCUCAGCAUCAACUCUGCUGUGGUUACCAAGUACCGAGUGCAGUGGAGUCUCUCUCCAACCUUCCACCCUGUCCUGGGUGAGGCAGUUAUCGACCAACUCCACACUCUGGACUUCACCAUCGAGGGGCUGAGCCCGGGCACCGGCUACUACAUCCAGGUCUCUGCCUACAAUAUGAAGGGCUGGGGCCCUCCCCGGGGGUCUGUCCCUCCCUCUGCCGUCCCCUCCAAUUGGCGGGAGUGGGAUGGACGGCCCCCAAGGCGGAGGGGUCAGCUGGAGGAUCUGGAUCAGCUGUUCUCCCAGGUCAAGGCUGGACACCAGCACUGCACAUGCCACGAGCCCAGCCAGCCACAGCCUCAGAGCCGCAAACACUCCGUUUCCAAGAGCCUGAAGCACCUUUUCUACCCCGGGACCAAGUUCCUGAAAACCCUCAAGAGGGGUCUGCACUUGGCCUCCGUCUUCUACAAAGACAGCCAUAUCCUGGUAACAGCUGAUGACCAGAUCCCUGUGCUUGAAGUAGACGACAGCGACUCCACCCUCCCCCUGCAGGAUUUCCUGUGGCUCGCGAAGGUGUCCUGCGUGUGGGGUGAAGUGCCGUGGCUCCGGCAGUGCCUCCCUGACUCCCCAAACUCCUGCUCCUGCGUCCUGCAGACGCGCUCCAAGAUGCUGCUGGCCAUUUCCCAGAUGCAGGGCUUGCUGGGGACCCAGGACCUGGGACGCCUGUUUGUUGAGCCCAUCAGAGACCGCCAAGGUAACGUGCUGGUUGUGACCCUGCGGGAGGUGGAGGGCCCGCUGCCUGGAGACCCCUCCCGCUGGCUGCCCCUGGCCAAGUUGCAGGGUGGCCGCAGGUCGGUGUCCACCCCCGAUGACCCCAGCGCGCUGGAUCAGCUGCUACUCACCAUGCAGGAGAAGUUGGCGUUCGACCGGUGCAGCGGCCAGGCCCUGGCCCCCGGGCUCUACCUGGGCUACCUGAAGCUGUGCAGCGCUGUGGACCAGCUCCGCGUCCUGGUACCCGAGGGACAUCCCAGCAUGCUCUGCCACGUCCCUGUGCGGGAUAACCCGCAUGUCUCCAGGGAAGAGUGGGCAUGGCUGCAGGCCCUGGCUGCCCCCGACCAGCCGGGCCCCCCAGACCCUCCGGAGCCUGACAGCUGCCAGGGCCUUCUCCUCCAGGAGCUGCGUAGAGCCAUCAGGGAACUUGUCGACAUGGUGAACAUCCCUUUGCAGGAGGCCCAAGACUUCCGACUGUACAGCCAGGAGGUGCUGGACUUCGGGGGCCAGGUCUCUUUCCUGCUCCUGCUUCCACCCUCGGAGGGUGUGUGCACUGCCCCGGGACAGAUCCCACCCCAUGCCCCCAGCUCCGGCUUCCUGACUCUCCCGCUCCAGAUGUUCGAGCUGGUGCACUUCCUGGCCUACGACUGGCCGUUCCUGGUCCCGUACUGCCGCGUGUCAGCCCUGCUCGAGCUGGAGGUGCUGCUGUCCCAGCAGAAGCUGCGCGAGGCUUUCUCUGAGGCCGAGCUGGCCAGCGCCAAGCUGCGGCACCAGCGGCUGCAGGAUCAUGUGCAGCGCCUGGAAGAGAUCUGGCGGGAGAAGCGCUGGUUGGUGGAUGCCCUGCAGCAUGCCCGCUACAAGCAGCCACCCGGCGGCAUCCCCCUCCCCGCCCUCCUGCCUCCGCCACCAAUGCCACCAGACCCUGCUGCCAGGGAAGAGUGUCCCACCCUCAGGGCCUCCUCCCCACCAGAUUUCCUGCCCUCACCCGCCCCUUCCCCCAGGACUCCCCGCCGGACCCUCCUUGAAAGGGACCCUGAGGUGUCUAGUUGGGGGUCCCUGACUAAUCCAGUGAACCAGAAUUGGAACUGGGACUGGAACCCUGGCGUCCUGCCCCCCAGCCCCCUGUGCUCCCCCUCUGAAGAUUCCCCCAAAGGAGGAGGAGGAGGAGGAGAGAGCGGCGGCGGCGGUGGUGGCAGAGGGGCUGUGGAGGCGGUGACAGGCGAGGGCGAGGACGGGGAGCAGGAGGAGGAAGACGAAGAGGAGGAGGAGGAGGGAGAGAAGGAGGGCUCCCCGGCCGCGCCCCCUGAGGAGACUUCGAGCGGCUCCCGGCCCCUUCCCCGCGGGGAGCCCGACCUUGUGAGCCCCGAGGGCGCGGGGCGGCGCGGGCAGGGGGCCGCCCCCGACGUGCUGCGGGACCACGAGCCACCGGGGCCCGCCCCGGGGGAGCCAGCCCCGGCCCCGGCCCCCGCCCCGGCCCCCGCCCCUGAGCUCUCGGACCCGGACUUCGUCCUGCCGAGCCGCCAGAUCGAGCUGCUGCGCAUCACGGAGAAGCGCCGGGCCUAUACGGUGCGCACAAGCAGCCUGGACCUGCCCCGCGGCCCCGCCGCCCCCGCCGCCCCCGCCCCGCCCCGGGCGGCCUCGGCCGGCCCCCGCGCCCGCCCCCGCCCCCGCGCCCGCCCCCGCGGGCCCGCCCCCAGGCCCGCAGCCGGGACCCCCGGCGGCCCGGAGCCGCCCGAGCCCGCGGGCCUACGAGAGCGGCCUGCCGCGGGGGGCCAGCGUCCAGCUGCAGGUGAGCAGGCGGACGACGGCAGCCGAAGUGGUGCGCCUGGCCGUGCUGGAGACCAACGCGGCGGCACAGCGCCUAGCGGAGGGCGGCCCGGCCGCCACGCCCCACUACGGGGAGGAGCUCCUGGCCCACUUCGCGCUGGUCCUGGAGGCCGGAGGGGAGGAGCACUGGCUGCCCGGGGACGCCCAGCCCCUCGCCCGCCCCGAGGCCGCCAGCAGAGCCCACUUCUUCGUUCGCAUCCGGGAGACUUCCCCCCUGCUGUUGCAGUUUGGGCCGGCCACCACUGUCUGAGCCCACCGUGGGUGGGGUCUCAGCCGGGGCCUCCCUUUCUCGGUGCCAGUGGGGGUGCCCUCGGGGCAGAGAGGGAGGGACGUGGCAGCCCUGAGAGGAAGGCCUUGGGCGGGGACCCCCAGGUCCCCCAUGCCUUGGGAGACGAGGAGGACUGGAGGCUCCUUACAUUGCUAGAAGGAAACAUCCAGCCCCAUCUGCCACUGUCCCAGGGAGAGAGCGGGGGCUGCCUAAACCCCAGCCUGCCCCCGGCCCUCAUCCCGAAGCACCCAGCUCUCAAAGCAAUAGCAACUGUCCCAGGGCAAAGCAGCCGUGUCUCAGGUGCACCCUGGGAGCAGCAGGACAAGAAAGGCGUCACCUGCCCGGCCCUGGACACCCCUAGGCCCACUCUGCUCCCACUGCUGGCCACCUCCAGGCCCACCCCGCUCCCAUUCCUGGACAGCCCUAGGGCUCAAGCUCCAGACAGUCAUUUUUCAAACUACUUAAAUGGAAUUAAAACCCGAUGA